UAUUUAACUAGAUGUAAACAUCAAACCUACUGUGAGGUUACUAAGGUGGGGUAUUUGGUUUUUCUGAGCUGGAACUUUAGUUUUUCAAUAUGGAUAGUGUCUUGUUUUAUGCUUUGUUGGCAUCUAUUGCAACUACUACAAAUGCUGAAUUGUGGAAUAUCAUCAAGAAACGAAGCACCAGUGAUGUAAUCAUCAAUGGCAUAGAAAUCUACAGCAUGAAAAUUGAUAGCAAAGUGACGUCUCGAUUUGCCCACAAUGUCAUCACCAGUCGAGCUGUCAAUCAUGCCAGUGUGUCUAAGGAAGUGGUUUUUGAUGUGGAGCUCCCCAAGACGGCCUUCAUUACCAAUUUCAGCAUGACAAUUGAUGGCAUCACCUAUCUUGGAAAUAUAAAAGAGAAAGAAGCUGCCAAAAAGCAGUACGAGAAGGCUGCUUCACAUGGACAUACUGCAGGUCUAGUCAAGGCCUCUGGGAGAAAAACUGAGAAGUUCACUGUUUCAGUCAACAUUGCAGCAGCCAGCAAAGUCACUUUUGAGCUCACCUAUGAGGAGCUUUUGAAACGGCACUUGGGAAAAUAUGAGAUGUUGAUUAAAGUAAAACCGAAGCAGCUAGUCAAACAAUUUCAGAUUGAGGUAAACAUCUUUGAGCCACAAGGUAUCGGUGAGCUAGAAGCAUUUGGAUCAUUUAUCAGCAAUGACUUGACUCAGACCAUUGAAAAAUCUUUCUCUGGAAAAAAGGGCCACGUGUCUUUCAAGCCAACUAUUGAUCAACAGCGAACCUGUGAGAACUGCUCAACAUCUUUCUUGGAUGGAGAUUUUACUAUAAAAUAUGAUGUGAAAAGGGACUCUCCAGGCAAUUUACAGACAAAGGAAGCGCUCCUCAAAAUAUUGGAUGAUGUCAAGGAGAAUGACCACUUCAACUUUAUCUUGUUCAAUAACAGGAUAAUAUCCUGGAAGGAAUACUUAGUCAAGGCUACCCUAGAUAAUUUGAAGGAAGCACAGAAGUUUGUUAAAUCCAUAAAAGCCACAGGAUCGACAAACAUAAAUGAUGCUUUAAUAAGAACAGCUGAAAUGAUGAAUGAAGCUCACAAAGAGAAGGUUUUGCCUGAGAGAAGCUCCUCUACAAUUAUAAUGCUGACUGAUGGGAAUCCCACUAGCGGAGAAUUGAACCAGGGACAAAUUCAAGAGAAUGUGAAGAAUGCCAUUCAAGGAAGAUAUUCCUUAUAUAAUCUUGCCUUUGGCUAUGAUAUUGAUUAUAAUUUUUUAGAGAAGAUGGCACUGGAGAACAAUGGAUUGACUCGUCGUAUCUAUGAGGAUUCUGAUUCAGCUUUGCAGCUACAGAGUUUUUAUGAUGAAGUGGCCACUCCCAUGCUUCGAGAAGUGCUGUUGCACUACCCUAUCAAUGCAACAGCUGAAUUAACUCAGAACAAUUUCAAUCAUUAUUAUGAUGGCUCUGAAAUUGUGGUGGCUGGACAUAUUAUAGACAAUCACCUGAACAGCUUUACUGCUGAUGUGAAAGCUCAAGGUGCAAACAAGGAUGUGACAUUUACUGAACAAGUAGAUAUUGAAGAAACAGCUAAAGCUCUCCAACACCAGGAGUACAUAUUUGGGGAUUACACUGAGAGGCUUUGGGCCUAUCUCACCAUCCAACAAUUACUGGAAAAACGCAUUUCAGCUCAAGAAGAAAAAUGGAGGAAUCUUGCAGCAGAAGCCCUGGAGCUCUCUCUGAAAUAUAAAUUUGUGAUGCCUCUCACAUCCAUGGUGGUAACAAAACCAGAAAAUAAUGAAGAUAAAGCUGCAAUUGCUGAUAAACCAGUAGAAGAUACUAUUCGGUAUAGUUACCCUUCAAAGGCAAACUCUGUUGAUGGAGAUCCACAUUUCCUUAUAGAAGUGCCACAGAAAAAAGACCAUCUUUGCUUCAAUAUAAAUUUAGAUCCAGGUGUGGUGUUAAACCUAGUAAAAGACCCUGACACAGGCAUCACAGUUAAUGGGCAGCUUAUUGGAAAAAAGAAAGUCAGAAACAAUGCACAGAUCCAAAAAACAUAUAUUGGAAAACUUGGGAUUGUAAAUACACAACUGGAUUUAAAAAUAAAAAUAACGACUGAAAAAAUCACCCUCCAGAAUGGCAGAAAGACAGCCACUUUUACCUGGCUUGAUACAAUCACCCUACAACAGGAAAGUUUGACUAUGGAGAUAAAUAGGGAAAAGAAUCUAGUGCUUUCAUUCGCAGAUGAUGCAACUUUUUUUGUUGUUUUGCAUCGAGUGUGGAAGAAGCAUCCUAUACACCACGAUUUCCUAGGAUUGUACAUGCUGGAUAAUUACAAGGUGUCUGAACACACCCAUGGCUUAUUAGGACAGUUUUUCCAGCACAUUGAUUUUGAAGUUUUUGACAUCUGUCCUGGAUCUGACCCCAAGAAACCACAUGCCACAAUGAUUGUCAAAAACAAUAAACUGACAGUAACCAGGAUCAGUGAGAAAGAUUAUGGAAAAGACCUCAGUCAUGGAACAAUCGUCCCCUGCUGGUUUAUUUAUAACAAUGGUACAGGACUGAUUGAUGGAGCUCACACCGACUACAUUGUUUCCAACCUAUUUAGCACACCAUUUAUAAACUAAGCAACAAACUUACAUGUGCAAUCUCAUACUUUAAAGAAAGAGUUAGCUACAAGAAAACAAUACAGAGAAAUAAAGUUGCUUUUACUCAUUAUUAAAUGUAGCUGAUAGCUACAGUUUUUAUUCUUUGAUAUUUUCCCAACUUUGACGCACAUGGCAUGUCUCAGUAAUCACUUCUAAGUAAAUAUUAUGAUCUGGAUAGUAAUUUUGUCUGCCUUUGGCCUGUGCCAUGUGUACAUCUAGUAUCAUGUUCAUACGUUUGCUUCAAUUAUAGACUGCGAGAUCUGUUCCUGCUCACAUUAAAGUCAAUGACAAAACAUGCAUAAACUCCAGUGGGAACAGAAUUGUGCCCACUAGUUGUGCCUGGUGUCCUAGUCAAUGUGAGUAGCUAGUCAUACCAGGAAAGGAAGCUGCACCACUUGAUUCUUAUUCACUUGACAGGGCAGCAUGUUGCAUUCAUGCCUGCAUAGCCUUCUAUGCAGAGAGAAAAGGAGCUUCUGUCAGAUCGAAGUCUCAACAUGUAGCGUAGAUUUUACUGUUCAGAGGCAUUCCUUACCCUUUCCUCACUCAUUUUCUCCUGCCCCUUUGGGCAUCAGGUGUCUAUGCUAUUUCCAGGAGCUCCUGUUUUCUUACUAAGAUUAAAUGGUGGACAGCUGACAGCUACUGCAAGGCUUCUGGAUUCUCAGAACAAGUUUAAUUCCUCAUGCACCAACAACUGGGAUGGUUCUAUCCACAGUGUCAAGCAUCAUAUGUAACAUUAAACAUUCAUCCAUGAACAUAAAAGCUGUAUUUGGCAAUUUUAACAUAAAAUUAAAACUAACAGAAGACUUUUCAAUUGUACUUUACUUUUCAAGAGACAUGCAUCAAAUUUCCAUACAUGCAUCAUUUAUACCAUUGGCAUAAUAUUAUGGCUUUACAACUCAGAAAUAUGUAUUUGUUUUCCCAAGUGUUCUACAAGAUAAUACAAAGUGACUUGAUUCCUGAUGCCUGGUCUAAACAGAGGAGUAUUAUUGGCAAAGUUACGGGAGAGGAGGACUGGAAUAAUUGGAGGUGUUGCAGGACAAAAUUUAAUUGCAUUGGUAAACCUUUAAGCAGUUCCAGAACUGGAAUAAUUGAAGAUGGGGGAAAGGGAUGUUAUGACAGUCUAUACUUUUAUGGUCAUCAAUUUUAUAAGACUGAUAAAUUUUGUACAAAGUAUGCCUUGUGUGAUAUCAUUUAAAACAUCGUCUUCUGUUGAACAUUAUUGUCCUGGUAAAAUAUGUGUAUCAACAUUGUAUGUAAAGUUAUAAGUUUAUAUUGUAUAACAUUGCUGUAACAUGUUCCAGAGUUAGAAAAGCAGGCCCAAACCUGUUUUUCAGAGACAAAGAAACACUAGCAACCCAGCCAGGUGUUAGUUAUCA